GACUGAAGACAGUGGUACGUGAACCUGCUGGUGGGCUGCAAGGAGAAACCUUCUUCCGUUAUGUUUCUCCUAAUUGUGCUUCAUUUUUUAGCUGUCUGCGGACAAGAGGACAUCACUUCCAACUUUUUUGAAAAAGUGGGCAUAUGUUCGGUGGCACCAAGCGUGAUUAUUCAAACAAAACAGGUGAAAUCUAAGAUAGGCUGUGCCUCGAUUUGUGUGGUUACGGAAAAUUGUAAAUCAUUCAGCAUUAGUAGAAUCGUGCCGAGGAUGUGUUACCUGAAUAACGACAUCCUGGUCGACACCGGGUGUUCGUCUGUGACGCAUGCGCACUACAACAUGAUACAGGACAACCCCUGUCUCAAUGGAGGGAUCUAUGACAAGGCCACACAGAAGUGUCGCUGUUUCAACAGUUACGUGGGAGAGUACUGUGAGAGGCUUAUGUACGAUUGUUACGAUGGCUAUCAAUCUGGGCAUUACGAUGGGGAGGAGAAGGCAUUUUAUGUCCACCCCACAACCUCACCCUCGAAAUUCAAGGUGUUUUGUGAAAUGCAACGGGGUGGCAUUCUCAUCGUUAUGAGAACGGCGACGUGGUAUAGUUCUGAAGACUUCAACCGCACUUGGGACGAGUACAAGGCAGGCUUUGGGAAUCUGGAGGCGGGCGAAAACUUCUGGCUUGGCAAUGAGAGACUAUACUUUGUGUCAAACUAUCGGAAUAUGACCUUAAAUAUCCAGAUAGUCUAUGGGAACAGCUGGAAUUUCAGACAACAUUACUACAGUUCGUUUAAGAUAUCUGACGAAGCGAGUAGUUACAGGGCUUCAUAUGAGAGCGCCUAUACCCACAGCAGUGCCAAUCACCAACUCGGCAACUGCAUGAAACAGCAGGGAGACAUGAUGUUCACCACCAUCGACCGCGACAACGACCUCAACGCUGGUGGGAACUGCGCACAAAUACAUCAGUCGGGCUGGUGGUACAACAACUGCGGUGGUUGUAACCCUACAGGAAGCUGCAGCCCAAUUCCGAGUAUGUCCAGAACUCGGAUCCGACUUACGCCAAAGUCCCUGUGGUGGGCGACAAGACGCCCCGACUUUUGUCGGUAACCCUAGAGGUUUUCUCAUAACAACGGCUCGGUGGGUAACCCCGUAGAUAAAGUGUUGUGUCAUUGAUGGAUUUAAAGUUAGUGUCCCCGCCAUGAUAUUUCUGGAAUAUUGCUUAAAGCGGCGUAAAACCACACUCGCUCACUCAAGCUAAUGUUCAAGUUUUUAUUCCGUGUUAUCGUACUCAGACGGCGAGAAUAAUAUCAAUCACUGGAUCGUCUGGUCAAUACUCGAUUACUUACCGGCCUCGUUAAACAGACACACAUGGGAGUAUUGUAUCUCUUUAAUAAGAGAUAACACUCAUUCUCACACUGUGUUCACUACAUAUACUUAACGGCAUAAGAAACGCAAGUCAUGUUGGUUUUUAAGUGUAGAAUCACAGUUCACUGUUGACAUUGAUCCUUUAUAAAACUUCAUUCUGUCUCGUUUUUGCACGUGCAACGCAAAUCACAUGAAAUUGCAUACAUUUCCCCCUUGGCCAUCUUUUAAAACUAAUCAAGCAUUUUACCCUGGACAUUGAAAUGGGACGGAAAACAUGACUCAUUUAUCUGAACUCCAGAGCAGCGUUGCUAUUUAGAUGCUACGGGCCUGA